GCCUCGAGGGGCCGCCCGGUCCAGCGCCGCCGGCCCCGCGCGGCGGGGCGGCCGCGCCAGGUAUGCUGCAAUGGCGGCCGGCGGCCCGAUCGCGGGCGCGCCCGGCCUUGAGGCCUCUUGGAUCCUGGGCAUCGUCACGGGGCUCAUCCUGAUCGCGGCCACGGGUGUGACAUGGUUCGUGCUGUCGAAGCCGAAGGCUGACCAUCCGAGCGAGGAGGCCUCGCCGAAGAAGCAGAAGCCCGCUCCAGGGCCAAGGAAGAAGGAGAAGGCGAGCUUGCCGACGCCGUCAGCGCCAGCGCCGGCGCCGCUCCCGGAGCAGGUCAGCGCAGCUGCGGCCGACGAGGGCGAGACGCCACUUGCCGACGACGAAACGCCAGCCACCAAAGCGAAGAAGAAAAAGAAAAAAAAGGUGAAGAAAGGCGACGAGGAGGCCGACGACGACGACCCGCCCGCCGCAGCGGCGCCCGCGGAGGUGCCCGCCGAGCAGGAGCAGGCCGCCGCGGAGGAGCCCCUCGAGGAGGGCUGGACGCAGGUCAAGAAGAAGACGACGGAGUCUCUGGACGAGGAGGCGCAGAAGAAGGCGGACAAGCUGUCCGACUUUCGCCGUCGCAAGGU